AUGGGUAAGAAAGGGGUUGAGGUGCAUGGCGACGCCGCUUCGCAUGCUCGUUCAGGCCACUCGCGCAGGAGCUCGCUCAGGAAGCCGGACGCUUCAUCAUCCUCGGACAAGAAAGCGGAACCUUGUCUCAACGGCACCAUGCGGUGUUUCUUUCGGUGCGGCGCCAUCAAGGGGACGACGAAGUGCCCGAUCGACCCCGCCAGGGUGAUAGAGUGGGAGUACGAGAACGGCUUCGCGGACAAGUUGUGCGGCCGGGUGUACAAGUCCAAAUACUCUCAUAGGAUGAGCAGGGAUGAGGUCCAGGAGGAGAUCGACGGCCAGGACGGAAGUUUCAGGGAUGAGUUCCUCGGCUACCGAUCGGACUUGGCGGCGCGGUGGAAGAGCGGGAAGAGGGGGUUUAGCGACAAGAAGUCCCCGACGGCUUCCAGGAAGAGGACGUUGAGGAAGCAGAGCCGCCAUUCAACCAAGCUUUUGCCGCCGCCGCCCGACGCGCUGCCAUGGGACGAGUACAAAGAACAGUACGACGAGAAACUCAUGAAAAAGGCUGGCCACAAGUUGACGAAGAUCCAGGGAAAGAAAAUGGUAUUGAUGCCGGCCGAAAAAGGAACCCCAUGGAAGCUCCAGCAGGAGUACGCAACCGACCUCGUUGACGAGGAGGAGAUUGACAGCGGCAACGAGUCGGGGGUCGGCAGCGACGACGACCCCGUCGGAGACAAGUUCGAUGACUUGGUGAAGAUGUCUGACCAUGCAGUCGAGAAGAAGGCGACGGGCAUGACCAUGCAGCAAUUGUUGCAGCUCGCUGCGGAGCAGGGGGCGAAGGCCGCUGCCGGGGCGGAGAAGGGCGACGGCGAGGAGGCCGCGGGCAUCGAUGGAAAGACCCCAUCACCGAACAGUAAGAUGAGAAAGCAGAUCUUAAAGAGGAGGAGGGGCCUCGGCAUCAUAUCCGACACCGAGUCCGACCAGCCAAGGGCCCAGAACAAGAAGAAGGUGGCCAAACCAAAAGCCAGACCCAAACCGACGGCCACCCGUAGACAGACCCCGGCGUUGGAGGGGCCCAAGGACCAGCCCAAGGAGGAGGGCGCUGCGCUGCCGGCCCCCGCCCCAAGUGGCCCUGCUGCGCCCGGCAAGCGCGGCCGCGCACAGCGGGGCGCGGAGGAGAACGCCACGCGCGAGAUGAACGCGUUCGCCUCGGCGACUGCCACGAGCAAUUUCUUCAACCAGCAUUGGUUCACAGCAAACAGGUGCAUCAAACGCUACGUGGAGAAGGCCUUGAUGGAAGAGAACGCCGAGUCCGACCAGCAGAAGAAAGAGCAGAUCGGUUACUACAGGAAGGCUCUCCAGGUCAUCGACGAGGCCCAGCGCGCCUACCAGAAGUGGAUUACUGGGGGCGCGGGCGAAGUUGGCGGUCUCCCAGAUCGGGUCGAACUCAACUGCAGCUUCUUGUGGGAGAUAUUCAUGGAAGCUCGCGCUUCGGCGGCGCCUUUGAUGUCUUACUCGGAGGUGCUGGAACCUCAUCGCAUGACAGCGAUGUUCCCAGACCUCGUGGGCAAGCCCAUCCACUUGGAGCAGCGGCAGGAAAAGUAUGUGCUUAUGAUGGUCGCCAACAUUCUGACUAGCAGUAUGUCCGCUAGCGAUGCCGUCAAGGCGUUGCGCGACGCGCUGGAGCCUUUCCGCCUGGGCGAGAAGCUUGCUGACCGUGUCGGCGGAAAGGCCAUGGCAGAAGACGUGCGCGUCAUGACCAUGCUGGUCGCUGACGUCCCCGAAUCUGCGUCAGUCGAAUCCGUCGUGUCAGAUCUCAAGGAGGCGACUGCCAUGAUCAAGGGGGAUGCAUGCACUGAUGGGGACCUUGGCCCGUUGCUAUCUCAGCUCCGCAAGUACAAGCGGCUGGGCGACGCCGUGGUGAACCGCGCCGUCGACGUCGCUCAGCGGUUGGAGAAGCAGGCCACCUUGACGACGAGGCUGACGGAGAUGAAGGCAAACACCGACGACUUGCUGGCGCGCGACGUUUGGGCGGGCGAAGCGCCCUCCAUCGUCGCGAAGAUCACGAGGGCGUACGAGGACGUUUCCACCGGCGCUGACCCCGAGGAGCCGGCCUGCGUGCGGGCCCUCCGCGGGGAGGUCGAUGAGAGGGUGACCCAGUUGCAUUUCAUGCUCCUCGCGCAGUACAUGGCCGCCUGGACGGCGCAGUUCGGGGACGCGAAGCUUGCGCCGGGUCCGUUCUUGUGCGGCCCAGACGGGUUUGACUUCGCUGGGGCCAGCGAUGGUUGUUCGGUGCUUGCGACCGCGGGCCGCUUCGAAUCUCUCGCGGAGGCCAAGUUCGCCUUGGAGAGGCUGUCGGCCUGGUUCAAGCUGGAGCUCUCGUUGCGCACGGCCAAGGAUCAUGUUGAGAGCCUCCCCUCGGAGACCGUCAAUCAGCUGAUGUGGCUCGCCGACUUCAACCCUUUGAAGGCGUGCGAGGCGAAGCUCAGGCAGCGCGAUGGCAUGGCUCGGGCGCUGCCGUGCAUAUCGAUCGACAGCGUGCGCAUGAUGUUCGUCAAG